AUGUCGAGCAUCACGGAGACUUUUGGUGUUCGCAUUGAUGCGACCAAUUCUCUCGUCCAAGCUGCAAUCUAUGGCUUCCUGCUUGCUGGUGUUGCAGCAUUUGCAGCUCCUAUCGUUAGCACCAUCCGAGUUCUGUUGAGCCUGUUUGUCCUUCCUGGCAAAUCUCUCAGCAGCUUCGGUCCCCGUGGUACUUGGGCCCUCAUCACCGGUGCCUCUGAUGGCAUUGGUAAGGAGUUCGCACUCGCCCUUGCAGCCAAGGGCUACAACCUCAUCCUCGUAUCUCGUACCCAGUCCAAGCUUGACUCGCUCGCUGCAGACAUCUCUUCCAAAUAUGGUCCCAAGAUCUCCACCAAGACGCUCGCCAUGGACUUCGCGCAGAACAAGGAUUCAGACUACAACAACUUGAAGAAGCUUGUGGAUGGAUUGGACGUCAGCAUCCUCAUCAACAAUGUCGGAUUGAGCCACAGCAUCCCAGUGCCGUUUGCCGAGACACCCAAGCAGGAGAUGACCGACAUCAUCAUGAUCAAUUGCAUGGCUACGCUUCGUGUUACGCAGCUCCUUACACCAGGCAUGAUCUCUCGCAAGCGUGGCCUGAUUCUCACAAUGGCGUCUUUCGGUGGCUUCUUCCCCACUCCACUCCUUGCAACCUAUUCUGGUAGCAAAGCAUUCCUCCAACAGUGGUCAUCUGCCCUUGGAUCCGAGCUCGAGCCCCAUGGCGUACAUGUCCAGUGCGUACAGUCCCACCUCAUUACCACCGCCAUGUCGAAGAUCCGCAAGCCAUCUGCUCUUGUGCCCAACCCGAAGCAGUUCGUCAAGGCUACUUUGAGCAAGCUUGGCCGAUCUGGAGGCGCACAAAACGUCGCCUUUACAAGCACACCAUACUGGAGCCACGGUAUCAUGCAAUGGUUCUUGUCGAGGUUCUUGGGUGAGAGGUCACCAAUUGUUGUCAAGAUCAACAGGGGCAUGCACGAGGAUAUUCGAAGGCGCGCAUUGAGGAAAGCUGAGAGGGACGCGAAGAAGCAGUAA